AUGCAUAAUUUCUGGAUACUGCGUUUAGUGAUCUUGCCAUAUUUUCCUCUAAUUUAUUUUGUCCCCUGUACUACAUACGCGCUGUAUGUUGAUGACGGAGUCAACAGUGCACUCACAAUCAACAAUGUUAUCGCACCGACUGAUGAACACUCAGAGAAGGCUACAGUUGUAAGGUUUGCCGAUAGCAACACCGUAUAUGGUAUUCUCGUAUUUGAUGGUUUACUUGCAAUUGCUUUGGAUAGUAGCAUUGUUGUGCGGAGCCUGUCGCCGUCUGUGAGUAGUGAAGAUUUACUUCGUAUACCUCUGCCAGCACCAAUCCGGAGCGGGCUACUGGAAUUCAAAUUUGUUAAUUAUGGAACUUUGCUGUACUGUGAUUCUACAACAUGCAGGUUCGCUUAUUUUAAAAUUUACUGUUUACCUCUGGAAAAGUAG